AUGGAAAAAGACAUUAACUUAUGUUUACUGGACGCAAUUUCUCUUGAGAAUGUUUCUCUAGUCGAGAAGCUUUUAGAGCAAGGCGCAGACAUAUGGUUCAAAAACGAAAAGGGAAUAAGUCCUUUGCAUUUCGCGUGUUCAAAUGGCAAUUUAGAAAUUGUUAAAUUAUUGCUUCAAAAUGGUCACGCUUGGAAUGUUGUUGACAAUGAGGGAAUCACGGCUGGAGAAUACGCUAAACGUCAAAGUCAUGAUUUGGUUUAUGAAUUGCUUCUCGAAGAGGGAUGUAGAGUUGAAUUGAUAUUAGGAUUACUUUGUUCAAAAACAAAAAAGAACGAAAAGGCAUCAAAUGUUGAUUACUUAUCACAACCUCUGAAAUAUUCGCAAGAUGGUACUAAAUUACUUGAUUAUGAAAACAAUGGUGUUAUGAUGGGAUGGGAGAAGCCUUUAAUGGAUAGACAUGCGGAAAUCAUGUGUGUGAAGGAAGGUCUCGAUAUUUUGAACAUCGGAUUUGGUUUGGGACUAAUUGACAUCGCAUUUCAACGAUAUAAGCCUCGCAGUCACACAAUAAUUGAAGCUCAUCCAGAUGUUUAUAAAUUCAUGAUGGAUCAGGGUUGGAACGAUAAAACAGGUGUAAAAAUUAUUCAUGGACGAUGGCAGGACGUGUUAGACCAACUUGAUACUUAUGAUGUCAUAUUCUUCGAUACUUUUGGAGAGUUUUAUGAAGAUUUACGUGAAUUUCAUAAAAUACUGUCAAAUAUUCUCAAAUCUGACGGAAUAUAUUCAUUUUUCAAUGGACUAGGAGCCACCAACUCAUUUUUUCAUGAUGUUUAUUGUCGUAUAGCAGAAAUGCAUUUGGCAAAUUUUGGAUUGCAAACGGAAUAUAUAGAGAUUCCAAUUGAUCUUUCUAAUGAUAAGAUAUGGGAAGGAGUUAAAAGACGCUAUUGGACAUUGGAUACGUAUAGAUUACCGAAAUGCCAAUUCAUGUUAGAAUUAUAA